AUGAACCCACCUCUUUCACCUGUUCGUCUCAAAUCGUCAUACUUGCGCCCCCGUGUUGCCUCGUCUACAUCGAUCUCCUCGGCAAAAAUGACCUCCUACGUCUAUUUACAGAAGGAGGGUAAGGAAGAGAACAUAUUAGUGGGUGCGUCGAUUGCACUUAAUCGGAAGCCGGCCGUGUCAGCACCCUCUCCGAGAAACCCCACGAAACACCAAUAUCUCUCUUUCUCUCUCUCUCUUUAUCUAUCUAUCUAUCUAUCUAUCUAUCUAUCUAUCUAUCUAUCUAUCUAUCUAUCUCAUAGUGUUCAUUAUCUAUCUAUCUAUCUAUCUAUCUAUCUAUCUCAGUGUUCAUAUCUAUCUAUCUAUCUAUCUAUCUAUCUAUCUAUCUUAGUGUUCAUAUCUAUCUAUCUAUCUAUCUAUCCAUCCAUCUAUCUCAGUGUUCAUAUCCAUCUAUCUAUCUAUCUAUCCAUCCAUCUAUCUAUCUCAGUGUUCAUAUCCAUCCAUCUAUCUCAUAGUGUUCACAUCCAUCCAUCUAUCCAUCCAUCCAUCUAUCCAUCCAUCCAUCCAUCUAUCUAUCUCAGUGUUCACAUCUAUCCAUCCAUCUAUCUAUCUCAUAGUGUUCACAUAUCUAUCUAUCUAUCUAUCCAUCCAUCUAUCCAUCCAUCUAUCUCAGUGUUCAUAUCCAUCUAUCUAUCUAUCUAUCUAUCCCAUAGUGUUCAUAUCUAUCUAUCUAUCCAUCUAUCUAUCCAUCUAUCUAUCCAUCUAUCUAUUCAUAUAGUAUUCAUCUAUCUAUCUAUCUAUCUAUCUAUCUAUCUAUCUAUCUAUCUAUCUCAUAGUAUCCAUCAUAUCUAUCUAUCUAUCUAUCUAUCUAUCUAUCUAUCUAUCUAUCUCAUAGUGUUCAUAUCUAUCUAUCUAUCUAUCUAUCUAUCUAUCUAUCUAUCUAUCUAUCUAUCUCAUAGUGUUCAUAUCUAUCUAUCUAUCUAUCUAUCUAUCUAUCUAUCUAUCUAUCUCAUAGUGUUCAUAUCUAUCUAUCUAUCUAUCUAUCUAUCUAUCUAUCUAUCUAUCUAUCUAUCUAUCUAUCUAAUUCUGUUGAUUAUCUAUCAAUCUAUCUUUUUUGGUUUCUACCUUUCUUGCUUUUUCUUUUUCUUUCUGUCUAUGUCUUUCUUUCUUCAUGUCUGUCUGUUUGUCUGUCUGUCUGUAUCUAUCUAUCUAAUGUCGUUUGAUUUUCUUUCUUUUUGGCUCCCACGUCCUUCCCUGGAUUUUGCAUGUCCUUUUCUUUUUCCUUCUAUUUAUCGCAGCCGACAGGCUACGCCCCUUUCGUGUGACGUCUUACCACCUUCUGCCCGUUCAUCCACUGACCAGUCUUAA